CAGGGGAAGAUAAGAAGAAAGUGCUCCGUUCCUUUUAAUUUUUUCAAUUUCAUCAAGAGAACGAGAGUGUUCUCUCUCACAGAUGGCGGGUUUUGCCACUCUUUGCUUCUUCGCUCCUCCAGUCACUUUCUCUAAAAACCAAAGCCACAAUUCUGUAAUUUUCAAUGAUAGUCAUCAUCGUAUGGUUAGUCGAGGGUCGAUGAGAACAAGAAGAAAAAGUUUUGCUUUGGGCAACGAUUCUCUGGGUGACUUUGGCGCCAGAGACCCUUUUCCUGCGGAAAUAGAGACAAAUUUCAGUGACAGAGUAGGUCUUUUGGACACCGAGCACAGGAUUCUGAUCCCCAAUGUCGCUGCUAUGUCCCUUGCUCAACAAGAAUGCACUCCAAUUACCCAUUUGCAGUCUCCGAUCUCCGAGGAUGAUGCACAGCAGCUUUUGCGAAAGGUCAUUGGUUGGAGGCUAGUAAACCAAGAUGGAAAACUAAAGCUACAAUGUUUAUGGAAGCUUAGAGAUUUUGAAUGUGGGGUGGAACUCAUAAACAGAAUUUUCACGGUAGUAAAAUCUACGGGUCAUCUUCCUAACCUUCACCUGGAACCACCCAAUCAAGUUAGAGCGGAGCUCUGGACUUCUUCCAUUGGAGGGUUGAGCAUGAAUGAUUUCAUUGUUGCUGCAAAAAUUGAUGACAUAAAAACUUCAGAUCUUGUUCCCAGGAAAAGAGCUUGGGCAUAAAUAACCUAACCCGCACAAGCUAGACUAUAGUUUUCCAUUUCUAUUCUUUACUUUCUUUCACCAAUACAAUUACAAAGUAUGUUGUUUUGAUUGUCCGAUCCCACUGGAAUUUUAUUAUUAUCAUCUUCGGAUCUGAUGGAGAAACAUGCUUGAUGCUUGUUCUUAUACCGAAAAUAAAAGCUUCUAGGGUGGAGAUUUCUUGAUCAAAAA